GCAGCUAUGCGAGACUGCCAGAGUGAAGUGCUUUGCGAGCCGUAGACGCUGCCCAAACAAGGCCAGGUGGAAUAUUUCCCAGUCCGAGCCACUGAGCAGUUUUCUGGGACACUACGCUGCCGGGGAAAUCCGGAGCUACACACUCUACGCAGAUGAAGACCGCCGCCGUCACCCUUGCCCUCUGCCUCAGUGUCGCCACUGGCGACGACAGGUGCAUCGGCGGUUGGAAGACUGGCGACGGCCAGGGGCCACUGGGGUCGGCAUAUGAGAUGUCCUUAGGGACUGCCGAUAGCCGCGAGGCGUGCAUCGAUGCCGUACAAGCUCUCAACACCGGCGCCAACGCUGCAACCUACUCAACCGAUGGCACCAAGGCGUGCUAUGUGGAGUACGGCCAGACGACUGUUGAUACCAGUUCGUAUAGUUCGGACUAUGAGAACUGCCUCCUCACGGCGCCGGCGACGCCGAGCCGCGACCUCGACGGCGACGGCGCCGAGGACGUCGCGCCCGAGGGCUCCUGCUGCAUCGUCCAGUACGGCGUCGGCUUCGAUACUCAGUGUGGCAGUACCCUGGCGGAGGUCACGGCGAGCAAUUGCUGCCCGAGCCCCUUCGUCGCCCGCUACCAUCUCGGGGCCAGCGGCGAAGAGACGACAAACUACGACUGCGUCUCCUUCAUCAGCAAGGAGGACUGCAUCACCUACGGACAGACUUGGAGCGGGGGCGACGACGACCCGAUUGGCCUCGGCCAGAUCGGGGGCUGCCCCCACUCCGCCGCGGCGCCCGCGUACGAAGCAGCGCUCAAGGAGUCCGAUUCCGCGCCCGCGUCGGGCCCGGCGCUCCUCGCCACCGUCCUCGCGGCCGCGGCCGCGGCGCUCUGAGGCGCCGUCGCCCAAUUCGCCUCUGCACAUUCCCCCCAUCCACGAUCGCUCUCCGAGUCGCCCGGGCGGACCUACUCCGCCCUCGGCCGCUGGCUCCCCUCCUCCUUGAACCGCUCGGGCCUCCGCCCUCGACCGCUGGUUUUCGCACCUAAGACACCGUACUACACAGCGUGGGAGCCAACUUGAAGAACUUGAAAU